GAGCUCUCUUUUUUAUUUUUUAAUCUUCUCCGUUCAUAUCAACAAUCUUUUUCUCUUAAUUUCUCAUAAAUUAUAACAGAAAAAAAUUAUCUCACCGGCGAUGGAGUUUGAAUCGGAUAACUCCGACGGGUUCGAUCGGUUACCCGACCCGCUUAUUCACCUCAUGUUCAACCAAAUCUCCGAUAUCAAAACCCUAAUCCGGUGCCGCUCCGUUUCCAAACGGUUCAAUUCGUUGGUACCUCAAGCCGAUUCGCUUCUCCUACGAGUUGACCGGGUAAUUUCGGCUACCGAUUCGGAUGACGACGAUGAUUCCUUCCUCAUUGCUUUCCUCAGAUCCAUUAUCAAAUCCCUUCACCAUCUCGUUUCACCAAGCAAGGUUCUCCCAACCCCUGCCCGAUCCCAGAACUCACCCGCACAGAUCCUACGGGAGUUCGAGAGGAUCAGGAAUCUAGAAAUCGAGCUUCCUUCAGGUGAUCUUCGGUUAGAGAAAGGCACGACGAUUAGGUGGAAGGCGGAUUUUGGGAAAACCCUAAAGAGUUGCGUGAUUUUAGGGUUUCGUAGCGGGGAUGGAGGUGGUGGAGAGGCGGAGUUUGGAGGAGGAGCUGGCGCAGGGUUGAAAAUGAGGGUAGUUUGGACAAUUAGCGCGUUGAUUGCGGCAUCAGCGAGGCAUUACAUGAUGGUGGAGGUUGUAAACGAGCAUAAAGAGCUGGAGAAUUUGGUGAUCAAGGACAGAGAUGAUGAAGGGAAAGUGGUGAUGGAUAAGAAAGGAUUGAGAGAAUGUAGAGAAAGUCAAUGUGAAGGCGAAGAAGCUGAGGUAAACAAUGCCAGCAGUGGCAAUGGAGUUGGUUUGUGGUGGCGUAACAAUCGUACUACAGUGCCAGCAGUUCGAAUGAGGAUGUGGCAUGAAGCGAGGAUGGAACUCUCCGGUGGCAUGAAAAUGGUGGGAGCAACGUUGGUGGUUGUCCGACCGACAAAUGCAGGGGGUGAGAGGAGCGAGGUGGAAGAACAAAAUGGAGAUGUAGGAUUGGCAUUAGGAGCAUUUGGGGAAGAUGCAGUGUAUUUUGAAGCUGUGGAAAGGUUGCUGAAAAGUCGAAGUUACAUUCUGGAGAUGAACUCUUUCUAGUUCCUACUGUAUCUGUAAGGUUGAGUAGCACGUUCUGAACACUCAACUUCCAAUAUACAGCAGCCUGUGGAGGGCUAAAAUGGCAACUAUUUGAAAUCCCAAAAGAAGAAGAGGAGGACGGAACAGGGAGCAGGGGCAGACGACAUCUUUGCUUGCUUGACAGAAUGUCCAGGCACCUCGAGGAACCUAAACCUUCCAAUAGCAGGUUCCAUAACCCUCCUCAACUAAGGGUCAGAGCCAGAUGGACAUGGGGGCUAGUAAAAUCACCAUAAUGCUGUGAUAGAGUACGAGCAGAGCCUGAUGAAUGCUUUCCGUAAUGACAAUUCAUGAGUUCUUAUUUACAUCUUUGAUUCCUGCCAAUACAUCAACAACUUAUGUUACUGUGUCUAAUAUCCCGUUAUGUGCUAUAUUUGUUAUAGCUUGUAUUCUUCAGUCAGGUCUUGUCUGUUUAGAGUUUCUCUUCAAAUUUUGAUGUAUCCAAGUUUUAAACAGGGUAGCACAAUCAACAUUUACCAAGCUGCAGUUUACCAA